AUGGUGUAUCCGACGCCGCCUCAGCCUUUCACCAAUCGACAGCUCAACAACACCAUUGGGCUGUAUGGUGUUUCUUGUGCUCAGAUCCUGUAUUAUUAUCGACAUUACCCCAAGGAUCGCAGAGGGCUUAAACUGUUUGUAUGUCGCGUAUUCUCAACAUUGCAUUUCUCUGCACACUACCGAAGUGCUCUGCUUGGCAGGGUGCUCGACACUAGUGGAACGAUAACACAUACCUUGACUGAAUUCCGAAACCACUACAAGUGCCAAUGGGUCUUCAAUGUAACAUAUCACGCUAAUCCAAUCAGCAUUAAGAGCACACCAGCAGUAUUCAUGAUCGAUGUCUUUCUCACAGUAAGCAUGCCAUUCAACAACCUGCAACGAAUUAACCAAUCGUAUUUACUAAGGGACCCACCAUUUUCGUCGCACAAAGUGAACAGCAACAUCAUUGAGCCGAAGAGCUACCGGUUUAUCGAGACGAUCACCAUGCUUUUUGCAUCGAUAACUGGCGCUGCGCAGCUUUUUAUUGCGGAGAUCACAGACAUAUACAUCGCCGUAUCGCUCUCAUUACUUUCACAUGGCAUGAAAACCGGACUUCCCAGCAGUAACAAUCUAAUCAUGCGCCUCAUUCUUUACACCUUCAACCGCGGGAUCGUCACUGCUCUAGUGUGGAUGAUCUUCCACUUUGCAGGAAGCAAAUACACUAACCCGUAUGCUGCAUGA